UCCGAGUUUUUUUACAGCCCAAGCCCGCCUGAGCUGCUGUACCGCUCUUGUUUACAGAAGCUACCUGCCCACAACACAAGCUGUCGCUUCCUCUGCAGAAUUGGUCUGAUGGAGCAAAGGCACUCGGCGCAGCUCGGUGCGACAAGGCAUCAAUGCGACCGGUGUGCAUACAGCACGGAUCAUACUGGACAUUUGGCACGGCACCAGAGAACUCACACAGGAGAGAAACCCUUCAAGUGCAGUGUGUGUGGGAGGGCGUUUGCACAGUCAUCAAAUCUUGUAAUACACCAGAGAACUCACACGGGAGAGAAACCCUUCAAGUGCAGUGUGUGUGGGAGGGCGUUUGCACAGUCAUCUGAUCUUGUAAUACACCAGAGAACUCACACGGGAGAGAAACCCUUCAGGUGCACUCCGUGUGGGAAGGCAUUUGCACAUUCAUCUACUCUUGUAAAACACCAGAGAACACACACGGGAGAGAAACCCUUCAAAUGCAGUGUGUGUGGGAAGGCGUUUGCACAUUCAUCUGCUCUUGUAGAACACCAGAGAACACACACGGGAGAGAAACCCUUCAAGUGCACUGUGUGUGGGAAGGCGUUUGCACAGUCAUCAAAUCUUCAUGUACACCAGAGAACACACACGGGAGAGAAACCCUUCAAGUGCACUGUGUGUGGGAAGGCGUUUGCACAGUCAUCAAAUCUUCAUGUACACCAGAGAACACACAAGCAUCAGAAGAUCCACCAGGAGUGGAGUCUGAAAUCAGCUUGUGAAAGUCUAAGUGCUGCAAUGAGCCCAUCUGUCAUCAAACAAGAACCGGAAGAAAAUCCCAGCUUGGACACUUUUAGAGAAAUCAAGGUGGAAUAUGAAGAGGUGAAGGUGAAAUGUGAAGAAGUGAUGGUGAAGAGCGAAGAAGUGAAGGUAAAAUGUGAAGAUGAAGAUUCAACUGCAAAAUCGGACCUUCACAUUGAUAGAGGCAACGUGAAGCAGGAGGAGAAUUCUGACUGUGACGCAGAGCGAGGCAACUCGCAGCAGUUUGUGGAGGUGGAGGUGUGGGUGGACUUCCUCUGAGACAACACAAAGUCAAAUGGUGACCCGGUAGAUGUGUCAGCUUGAGACGUCGCUCCAAUAGAUGCUCCUUUCUCACAGGCCUUUAAUGAAAAACACGUUCCUUCGGAGUGGGCAGGUAGGAACUUGGUUGGACAGCGCAUUCGUGCACGACAGACAGACAAAUAAUCCCUGGUGGGCAAGUGUGGAACCUGUUGUUCCUCGACCUGUGUGUAUACAAGAUCACGUGACUUUAGGUAGCCAGGCAGCCAGCCCCCUUAACUAUCGCCCCCCCCUCCCUUAGGCCCCUCCCCUGACCCUCCUCCCUUAGGCACCUCCCCUCUCCGUACCCGGCAGUAGGUCUCCACCAAUCAAAGAGCUGUUUAUGUUAUAUAUUUAUUUAUGCACGACAGACAGACAAUAAAUCCCUGGUGGGCAGUGUGGAACAUUGUUCCUGCCUGUAAAAUGUGAAGUUGAACACUCAGUUCCUGGGUUCAACCUGCAGAGUAAGAGCGAGCGACCAGUCUUUGUGUUUCCCGUGGGUUGGGUAGAUCCCUGUGUUACGAUCGAAACUUCGUGAGCUAUUAUUUUUGCUACCAACAUGACUUUACUUAAAGAACCAAAGAGUGUGUGAACAAGAGCCUGUCAGUAGGGGGGCGACGAUGUUUCAUCUCAGUUGUGUAAUUUGUCGGUAAUAUUCGUAGGUUUUUUCGGUAAAGUCACGUAGGUAAAACAUGAAAAUUAAUAAAAGUAAAAUAAAAUAAAUAUCACGACGUGACUUUACCGAAAAAAACCUAAGAAUAUGAAUCCCUGCAGUCACGAAAGCUUCAAAUUUAGAAUUGUCGGUAAUGUUUAGAAUUUGCUACAUUUUGACUCAAGACGCAAGCAUGCAAUGGCCUACUCGUUUUGAAUGACACAAUAGUAUGUUUUACAUCCACUGUUAAGCAGACGGUGCAUAAUUAUUUAAAAUAGCUUAAUACGAUGAGAGUUGGGCCUGUCGCCACAAUAGAUGAUCAUCUUUUGUGGGGGCACAAGUAACCUUGACCGCCACUCCUCGCCUCUGGUUGAUGGGAAGGCGAGCUCAAAGUAGCCUGGGGCUUACGGCUUCCCACACCUCACCGCCACGCUCCCACACCCCCUUCAAUUAUUUUGCUCAGAAGAAGAGCCACUCCCUGUAACCUGGUGCAUUAUAUUUCACUGCAGUAAUUACAUUUUGUUAAAAUGUAAAAUGUCUGUCAAUAAUUUAGAAUGAACACUGAUUUUUUGUACAUGCAACAUUUUAUUUAUAAGGGUCAAACAUUGAAUAAGUGAUGUUAGGACAAAGUGUGUGUGUUUGGAAGUAAUCUGUACAGAUCACUCAGGUGAGAACCGUUCUUGUGAUACAGAUCAAAGGGUAUUUAUAAAUCCUUUAUAUUAAGUUCGCUUGCUUGCUUGCUUACGACCGUGCAAAUCUUUCGGUCGUUUUUUAACCCACUUUCCGUGAUCCAAUCGAGCUGACAUUUUGCACACAGACUCGUGCGUGACAAUUAAUUUUCGUGAUAAUUUUUUUCCAAAAUUUUACACUGUUUAGGGAAAUUUUUUAAAAAUAUUUUAUUACCAAUUGCUUAAUGCUGGCAGACAAUCAUCUGACCCAUAGGUGGCAGCCAUCUCAAGCCAGAGGACGAGAGGACUCUAGCCGCCACGCAUAUAAAGGAUUUAGAGUGAAAAACUUUGUUUUUACGGGUUAUUUUUUUGUGUUUCGGGAAGCAUUUGUCUCUGGAGCAACUCAUCGUCUUUGAAAUAGGGAGCACGCUCGGAUCAUUCAUCUGUUACAAGGCAUACCGCUUAAAAAUCACGUAGAGGAGAUACAUUCUCUACAACACGAAUUAUAAUUUUAUAUUACGUGUUGACGUUGAUUUUGUCAAAACUAGGACGAGAAAUGCUCCUUGUUGAUUAAUGGCUGGAUGUUCGUAACCAGCAAUAAGGGUCCACUGGUGGCUUGUACUGAAUCAGCGAUGCACUCCCAGAAGGCUGUGCUGUUUAUAGU